GGUCAUAAAACAACCACCCUCAGUUUGGAAACCACUAGAGCGCAUAACAAUAGUGUUCGUGUUAACUAAGUGACCAACGGAAAUCAUGACAACCACUUGGAGGAAAAUUGAAAACGAAAACGGAUUUACGUUUUAUAUAAAUAAAAAUGAUAAGAAACAAUGGGACCAUCCAAAGUACGCUGAAGUUAAGUUAAAAUUAGAUGACUGCAAUUAUAUUAAAUUUGCGAGUUACCGAAUCGCGCAUAAAUUUAGAGUUUUGCAACAUUCUUUAAAUAUGAAUGAUGUUCCAUUGUCUAUUAUAAAAGGUGUUUUCGACCGACAUAAAUUAGGCACUACCGAAAACACACUCCGCCUUGAAUCGUGCGACUUGGAAGCUGUUCUUUCAGAUAUUUUCUUCGCUGCUAACAAACAUAAUCACAUGAAUAUUGAUGUGGAUACCGCUACUGAAUUAACACUGAAUUUUAUUUACAAUAUUUUUGAUUGUGAUAGAGAAAGAAAUGUAGAAGUUUUACCUUCAAAACUUACACUGGCGAUAUUAAGCCAGUGCUCAAUGAAGGAACUAAACCAUUUCAUUUUUACCCUGUGUUGCGAUCACAAUAAUUGCGUAACGCGCCUACGGCUACAAACGGUUUUAAGUAAAAUAUCCGCCAUCACUAAUUACUUAAAUGAAACCGUAAGUUUUGACCAACAUUUGGUCAAUUCAUCAAUUGGACAUUGCUUCAAUAAUUCGCCAGGAUUAGUUGGUAUUGACGAAAGCGCGUUUUGUUCGUGGCUUGAAAACGUUCCACAGAUAUUUUCCUGGCUGCCGAUUUUGCACCGCAUCAAAUUGUCCGAGUCGGUUGUACACAAAGCCAAGUGUUGUGUAUGCAAAGUGAAUCCGAUUAUUGGCAUGAAAUACAAAUGCGUGAAAUGCACCAAAUAUGUGCAAUGUCAGCGCUGUUUUCUCACAGGCGGAAUUAGCAACUCACACAAGUUGACGCACGUGAUGAAGGAGCAGUGUAAGGAGAAUUCGAAGCACUUCAGACUGUGCUUCACAAAUCGUGUGUUUAAACUGUUAAAGUGCAAGUACAGGGUAAGCGAUUCGUUACGCGAAGAUAUAACAGUACUGGACAAUAAACCAUUGGAUGGUGUGUACAAGGAAUUGUUAUUGGAAUCAAAUGACGACGAGGUACCUUGUAACAUUGUACCUUUGUCCAGUCCUUUGUCACAAUUGCAAGUUAUUAUAAGGCAGCUGGAAAUUCAAAAUAAACAAUUGCAUGCAGUUCUCACAUCAUCACACAAGAGUGAUGCUAAUAUAAAACAAUAUGUGGAACAGCACAGGCAGCAUGUGGCAAAUCAAGUGCAAAAAUUGAAAAUGUUACAAGAGCAAAUGAGCCACUCGAGGGAUGAAAAAUUAAAGAAUAUCGUGGAACCGAGUGCUCCUUUUGUGGAGUCUGUGAAUCAUUAUGUCACCAUGAAUCAGGUGCAAAGCACACCGAUGGUACGCAAUUCUAAAUCGAUCAGUAAUCUGCGAGGACUCAAUUUGUUCAGUCCUAUUCAUCAAGUAACAGAACCUCUGAGUGAAGAUUCAGCAAAUGGUACUGAAGAUGUCACAAAUCACGCAAUGAUGAAGAAGGACGAUUUGGAUUAUUCAACUACGUACACAAUGAAAGAUAUUAGUACAUGGCUUGGUGGACAUUCCAAUGGGGUGGCAUAUCAAAAUGAAUUGGAGAAGGAAUUUAAUAAAUCAACACCGGAGCAGACAGAUUUGGACGAUGCACUUGCUAAAUUACAACAAAUAUUAGCAAAUAAUUUUUCUUUGGAUGAAUCACUUGGCAGUAUGGAUAAUGGUCAAUUGAAAACAGCAGUCAAUGAAGUAGAAGGUGUUUUAUCAUCCAUUAUCGACACAGCUGAGUGUAAGCAAAGGGCGCCGAGCAGUUGUUACAGCAGCGCUCUCAGUGAUUGCAAAACGCAGAGUUUUAGUAAUUAUUUACUUUUAGAUACUGGCAAAUUAUAAGGUUGAAUAUUGGACAAAGUGCUUCUUUGUUUUUGAUGCAAUAUUAAAUCUUAGAUUAAAACAAACUAUUGAUAGGUUUAGACGGGAAAUAUAUUUUUUCUACUUCCA